AUGAAGACGGUAUGCUGCGACGAGUCAAGCAGCGGAGAGCGGCUGGGACUGCUGGCGUCGCUGAUGGAUCCCAAUGGGAUGCGUCCACCUAUUGACGGCUGUGAUGUUAGAUUGUUGACACUAGGUGACCGAACCGGAAAGGCUAGGGUUCAAUUCCUGGCGGUGGUGCCAAAGGAAGCCAUGAAGAAGUUGACUGAAGUUGCCAAGAAGAGUGACGCUCCCACAGAGGAAGUAGCGGCUUUAAAUGAAGGUAGUAACUUCUGCUGGCUGGAGUUGUGUUCCAGAAUUUUCAUGUAUAAACCAAGUCGUCAGAAACAUGAUACUUUGGGUGAAAUCCUGGCCAUGCAGGACAUCAAGAGGCAUCUAGAUAACUUAGACCCACAGGGUCGGUUCCACCACGCAUCCGAUCUAAUUUGCAGCGAAAGCGUUGUUCGGUCAAGAUCUGGUAAGGCGUCGAGAUCUGGUAAGGUGCCGAGGUCUGGUAAGGCGCCGAGGUCUGGUAAGGUGCCGAGGAAGGUAGAUGACUACGGCGAUGAGUCAUAUGACGAUUUGGACCCAUCGGAUCCGUCUAUGCGUCGUUUGAGGACCGAUAACGAGGUAUUGGAGGAUACAGACUCGCUGAAGGUCAUAGACUGCAGACCUUUGACACGUGUGGAGGCGACGGACGCCCGCAGUAGUGUACCGGAAGAGUGGCUGCCGCUGCUGGCGGAAGUUGCCGAUGUCGAGCGAGGCCUGUGCUGUGGGCCGACCCGCUACACCCCGAGUGGAUGUUGCCUGAUUGCUUCUGCAAUUUCUGGAGUUGCUGUAAUUAGUGGGGCAGCCAUACUCAGUUGGCUUAUUGCCCGUAACUCACAGACUGACACGGCCCCCGCAGCAUAUCCGAGUCGUUUCAAGACCACGAUGACUCAGUCCAUGUUGAACGAGCUCCAGAUGCUGGAGUCAAAAUGUCAGGAGCUAUUCAACUCGUCGGCGUAUACAAUCGGCAGUUGGCCCGUUAUGGACGCAGAUGGAGGGCGAUAUCCAUGUGGUGGUGGCAAUGGGCAGUUGCUAUGUGCAACGCAUCAGAACAACUCCGUAGGAACGUGUUAUCAUUUUGGCGGUCCGUGGACGUAUGAAGCCUUUGCGGUAAAGGAGGCGAUUGGACAUUAUCUACAAGACGGCAGAGAAUGCGUUGUUCGAUGUGAUGGUGAAGAGGAGGCGUUACGCAAUUUGUGGGAGGUGACCCAAAAAAGUUUAUUGUCGAUUCCACCCUAUCCUGGUCGGGGUUUCUCAGCUGUAUCGAAAAAACGCUCAGUUCCCGACCUGAAUGACUUCGAAGCGAUGAUGCGCCCGCGCUAUCCUGUGGAAGCAAAAUGCUCGGGAUCGUGUGUCGAUUGUGUUGAGGAUAGGAAAUGUUCCUGCAGCUUUUCACAGGUCACAUGUCAAGUUCGAACUAAGGCUGAGCAGGAGGAGAACAAAAUUGAGCUAGUUGCUUAUAACGAGGACCCGUGGUUUCUGUUUGAAAAAUUGUCUCCCUUCAGCAAGAAGAAAGACCUCUAUCAGGUAAUGGGUUGUAACUACAAAUGCCGUAAGGCGAACCCGGAUGUUGCCGUGCCCGCCAGCGUACGUUUCCUUGAGACGGAGCCUGCAGGUGAUGGUAGUCCUCUGAAAUUGAGGUUGAGCAGACGCGAGUUGAGUACGCUUCAGCUGCCUCUGGCAACGUGUAAGAACUAUGGUAGAGGCGGCUGGAGCAAAGUGGAAGAAAUUGGCCGAUACCCAUGCAAGGGGGGAAGCGGAGUAAUGAUGUGUAAAAAGGGCUCACUUGAGUGCAGCUCGAUGAGGAGGUUUUUUGGUACCUGCCCCGACUAUCAGCCUGUCUCUUGUCAUCGUUUUGGUCCGGUGUGGAUGGAUAUAUUCGCAGUGCAGGAUGCGGUUAAACGUUACGCAGACAACUUUGAUGAUUGCGUAGUACUAUGCUAUGAGAAGAAAGCAGUGGCGGGCCAACUGUGGCGAAAAGCCAAAGACAAUCUAGGGAGGGAUCGUAAGAAUAUGUGGGCGGAUUCGGCACUGAGUUUCGCAGAUUGGCUGCCGAAAUACUACUCUGCCGAGCCAGGCUGUUCAUCAACCUGUGAGGAGAUCUAUGAUAGCACCCGAAGUCCACUAUAUAUCUAUCGAGAGCCAUGCAAUGUAGGUAACUGCCUUUGUCAUGUUGCACACGUCAAAUGCCGGACCAUGCUCAAGAAGACAAGAGACCAGCAAGAUGUUGAACUGUGGGGCUUUAACGCACGGAUGCAAGAUGUGUUUGGGAUGCUAUCUAUCCCCGAGGCUAACGGCAAUGCUACAGACCCUCGAAUCAAAGAUAUCUAUACCAAAACGUGCAAUGCCACUUGUCAUGGAGUUAUGAUAUGA